AUGCUGCGCAAGGGUAUUACAGAGAGCUUUGGAGCUGCUAUCCAUGCCUUCAACAGCGCCCAGCUGACAGAUGGUGUGAUUAGCAGGAGCAAAAGGAUGAUGCUGGACUCUCUGGGCGUUGGUCUGUUAGGAACCAGGACAGAUGUCUUUAAUAAGGCUCUCACAUACAGCCAGUUGUUUACGUCUGUCGAGAGGAGCAGUGUUUGGGGUAAAUCGAGGAUAACUCUUCCUCCUCAUUACGCUGCCUUUGUCAACGGCAUUGCGGUUCACUCCAUGGACUUUGACGACACUUGGCACCCUGCUACUCAUCCGUCAGGAGCUGUGCUUCCUGCCCUGCUGGCCCUAGCAGAGACACUGCCCAGGCAGCCUUCUGGUCUGGAUCUGCUGCUGGCCUUCAAUGUUGGUAUCGAGGUACAGGGCAGACUCUUGAGGUUCUCCAGAGAAGCCUACAACAUCCCUGAGAGAUUCCACCCUCCCAGUGUUGUUGGAGUGAUGGGCAGCGCUGCGGCCUCAGCUAAGCUCCUGGGUCUGUCCCCUGCACAGUGUAGCCAUGCUCUUGCUAUCGCAGCCUCCUCUGCCGGGGCUCCCCUGGCCAACGCUGCCACACAAACGAAACCUCUCCAUAUUGGCAACGCUGCUCGAAGAGGCCUGGAGGCGGCUCAGUUGGCCCAGAUGGGACUGACGGGGAAUCCUUCCAUUCUGGAUUUGAACCGGGGGUUUGGCGUUUACUACAAGGACUACAGCCCCUCAGCAAUGGCAGUUUCUGCCUCUCGCCACUUUAAAUGGAUUCUGGAAGAGCAGGACGUGGCCUUUAAGCGCAUCCCUGCUCACCUGGGCAUGCACUGGGCUGUGGAUGCAGCGCUGGCAGCUAGAGCAAAGCUUGAAAGUACAGUCAGGCAUUUUGACGUGAGCCAGAUCAGGCAGGUCACACUACGAGUGCCUCCAUCCAAGUAUGUUGACUGCCCGUUACCUGCAACAGAGCACCAAGCCAGGCACUCAUUCCAGUUCAACGCCUGCUCUGCUCUGCUGGAUAACAAAGUGACAGUGUCUUCCUUCAGUGAGGCUCAGAUUAACCGCCCCGCUCUGAAGGAGCUCCUGUCCAACGUGAAAGUCGAGACCCCAAAUGAUAACCAACCCAAUUUUGACAAGAUGUACUGUGAAGUUGAAAUAGAAACUCAUCAGGGGCAGAGUGUUGCAGCCAGAUGUGAUACCUUUUAUGGCCACUGGAGGAAGCCACUGAGUCAGGAGGACCUGGUGGAGAAGUUCAGCGUUAAUGCUUCUUCAGUGUUGUGCACAGAGGGAGUGGAGGGUGUGAUCGAUGUGAUAGGAAACAUUGAGGAAGUGAGAGAGUGUUCGGUCUUGGGUUCAUAUCUGAGCAUGACAAGCAGUCAGCACCAGCAGCUCUAUAGCACAGGAACAGUGUGAUUAUACAGUGGUGUGUGUGUGUGUGUGUGUGUGUGUGUGUGUGUGUGUGUGUGUGUGUGUGUGUGUGUAAGUAGGAGUGUCAGGAUUCUCUAAACCCAUGAUUUGAUUUUCAAUUUGAAUGGUAAAUUUCCGAUUUAACAUAUCCUGCUUUUGAUUGGGAUAAUUGUAACUCAAAAAGAUCAAGAAAUCAUGACACCCCUAGUGUAAAAUAAUUUACAACCCAGUUUUUUUUUUUUUUUUUUUUAAAGUAACCUUGAAGUAGAUAUACAUACAAGUAUAUUAUGAUUAAUGUACUAAAGGUGCUAUCAACGGACAUAUUAAUGUCAGUGUACUUGUCCACUUGCAGUAUUUAAAAAAAU